AUGGCGUCGAGUAUUGAGCAGUCUCCCUUCUUCCAGCAGCAGAAGGCCAAGGGCGAAAUCGUCGUCAAGGACCCUCCCAAGUUCGACCUGGAGUCGUAUAUCGCUAACUACACUGGUUAUACGCGAAUCGAUCGCUUGUAUCACAUUGGUGCCCACUCCCCAUACCUUGCUGUCGAUGCAUAUCGCCUGGCUAUUGCCGAAACAAAAAAAGGUAAGAACGUCGGGUUGUAUACAAAAUUAGUCGAAGAUUUCAGCAGCAUUGCUCCAGAUGACUCUGCUGCCUUGGUGGACACAACUUGGGCGGAGAAGAAGACACGGGAAGUCCGUGAGGAGCAUGACAGGUUGGAGCACGAGUUGAAGUCGUAUAAGAACAACCUGAUCAAGGAGAGCAUACGGAUGGGCAAUGAGGACCUCGGCCACUUCUACUAUGACAUUGGCGACUUCUCCAAUGCACAGAAGGCAUACAUGAAGAUGCGCGAGCAUUGCACCUCACCGAAACACCUCGCCGAUAUGACCCUCCGCCUCGUGUUCGUCAGCAUUGCACAAAAGUCAUGGACAAACGUACUGGCAAACCUAGCAAAGUCAGAGGCCACGCAGGUCAAGGGUGAAGAGAAAGCCAAGCUGGAACCCAUCAUAUCUGCAUGCAGCGGCCUAUGUCACAUGGCAAUGGGCAACUUUAGGGAGGCCGCAACGGCUUUUCUCAACACUUCGGCAGCGUACCUGACUGCGGAGCCCGCAGCAUACAUCAAGUGGCAGAAGGAGGUUAUUUCACCAAAUGACGUGGCAGUCUACGGUGGUCUCUGCGCUCUGGCAUACAUGGAUCGCAGCGACCUGCAAAGCAAAGUUCUCGCAAACACUGAAUUCCGCAAUUUCUUGGAACUCGAACCGCACAUCCGCCGCGCCAUCAACCUCUUCUGCAACUCCAAGUACAGUGCUUGUCUCGAAGUACUCGAAGGCUACCGUAACGACUAUCUCCUCGACGUGUAUCUUUCCAAGAUUCUGAAGACAAUCUACAGUCGCAUCCGGAACAAGAGUAUUGUGCAAUACUUCAUUCCUUUCAGCUGUGUCACGCUCGACGAAAUGGCUUCGAAAUUCCCUGCAGCUGAAGGCAGAACGAUUGAAGAAGAUUUGGAAGAAAUGAUCAAGAACCACCAACUGGAUGCACGGAUAGAUCUUGUCGACCGCUUACUCAUUUGCCCCCCAAGAGACCCUCGCCACGAAGUACAAGAAGAGGCGCUCAAGAUGGCAGAGUCGUACGACCAUACCCUUCGCCUUCGAUUGACACGGCUGAACAUGUUGGCAGCCGGAUUGGAAGUUCAGCCAAACAAGACAAACGACAAGUCAGCUUCUAUGGGCAGUGGCAUUGGCGAUACGUUCCGGGGUCUGGGUUCCAAGAUUGGCUUCUAG